AUGGCGAGGUUCUUGAAAGAGCUAAGCAGCCAUGGCAGUUUUUCGAGUGAAUUUUAUGCAAUUUUAAUGGUGGCAAUUACACUUUCUAUGAUGUCUUUUAUAGUUUUCUCAUGUGCUAAGGGCUCAAAGAAAGGGAAAGAGAAACCCUCCAAAGAUGGUAAGAAGGGGAAAAAGAAAACCUCCAAAGUCGGAGAUGGUAAGAAAGGAAAAAAGAAGCCCUCCAAAUAUGAUGCUGACAUUUCUUCGUGCUGCGAAGCAUGCUGUUCUUGUUGGGGUGGCGGCGAUGGUGGUGGCGGCGAUGGCGGUGGCGGCGAUGGUGGUGGCGGCGAUGGUGGUGGUGGUGGUGGCUGUGGCGGUGGUGGUGGCUGUGGUGGUGGUGGUGGUGGCGCUUCUUGA